UGUCUUUACGACGCCGACGAGUCAACUAAUUAAUAACUUCUGUUUUCUUCUUCUUCUUCGCUGUUUCUCUCCCUCCUUCCAGAGCUGAGCCAGAGAGAAACAGAGAGAUUCCUUAGUAUUGUCAUCAGAGGGCUGCUAAAUUGGGAGAAAUAAUGUCGGGAGGGGGCGGUACACAGAAGAGCUUGAGGAAAGCAUUGGGAGCGAUUAAGGACUCCACCACUGUUGGAUUAGCUAAAGUUAAUAGUGAUUACAAGGAAUUGGAUAUUGCCAUAGUUAGAGCUACAAACCAUGUAGAACGGCCAGCCAAGGAAAAACAUAUACGAGCUAUAUUUGCUGCGGUUUCAGCUACAAGACCACGUGCUGAUGUUGCAUACUGCAUCCAUGCUCUAUCCAGGCGUCUUGCAAAGACACAUAAUUGGGCGGUUGCAAUGAAAACCUUAAUUGUUAUACACCGUGCUUUGAGGGAAGUGGACCCCUCAUUUCGUGAAGAACUCAUCAACUAUGGAAGAAGCAGGAGUCAUAUGCUCAACAUGGCACAUUUUAAGGAUGAUUCAAGUCCAAAUGCUUGGGAUUAUUCUGCGUGGGUUCGCACCUAUGCAUUGUAUCUGGAGGAGAGGCUUGAAUGUUUCCGUGUCUUGAAGUAUGACGUUGAAACCGAUCCCCCAAGAACUAGGGAUUUGGAUACAAUGGAUUUGCUUGAGCACUUGCCAGCUUUACAACAGCUCCUUUUCCGAGUUCUUGGUUGCCAGCCACAAGGAGCAGCAGUUUACAACUUCGUGAUCCAGUUGGCACUUUCAAUGGUCGCUGGGGAAAGCAUUAAAAUCUAUAAUGCUAUCAGCGAUGGUACAGUUAAUUUGGUUGACAAGUUCUUUGAAAUGCGAAGACACGAUGCUGUUCGCGCACUUGACAUUUAUAGGCGGGCGGGACUACAGGGCGGGAGACUGUCAGAAUUUUAUGAAAUCUGUAAAAGCCUUGAUCUUGGGCGUGGGGAAAGAUUUAUUAAGAUUGAGCAGCCCCCACAGUCAUUCUUAACUGCCAUGGAGGAUUAUGUGAAAGAAGCUCCACGAGCUUCAUCAGUUUCCAAGGUGGUCGGUGAGAAAAUUGCUGCCCCGAAAGAGAUAUUAGCCAUAGAGUAUAAGAAAACCGAAGAAGUGGAGGUUGAACCUGCAGCAUCUCCCCCUUCCCCUCCCCAAGAACCAAUUAAAGUGGAAGCCCCUGUUUCAGAACCACCGGAUCUAUUGGGUUUGAACGAUAUGAAUCCAGAUGCAUCAGAGUUGGAUGACAGAAAUGCGAUGGCUCUUGCCAUUGUUCCUGUUGCUGAUGCCUCAGCUCCUGCUGCUUCAAAUUUUGCUAAUGCAACUACAGGCUGGGAGUUGGCACUUGUCACUGCCCCAAGUUCAAAUGAAAGUGCUGCUGUCACCAGCAAGCUGGCGGGUGGACUAGACUUGCUCACAUUGGACAGUCUGUAUGACGAUGCAAUGCGGCGAAACACCCAAACUACAAGCUACAAUCCAUGGGAACAACAAGCACCUAUGACAGGUUCCUUUAUGCAACCACAGGUAGCACACGACCCCUUUCUUGCCUCUAACAUGGUGGCUGCACCUGCUUCGGUACAGAUGGCAGCAAUGGCCCAACACCAACAGUCAUUCAUGUGGCAACAACAGCAACAGCAGCAACAACAAAUGAUGAUGAUGGGCCAGCAGCAUCAUCAGCCUUCAAAUCCUUUUGGCCCGUCAUAUGGGGUAGGCCUUCACCCUUAUGGCUCAGGAGUGCCUAUUCAGACCUACAAUCCGAACGCUGGACUUAUUUAGAAUCUUGAACAGUAUAAAUGAUGAGCAUUCUGUAUUUACGAUGUAUGGUGUAGUGUCUUUGGAGAGUGUUGAUUAGGUUUAAAGAGAGAUAAAGGAGAGAUUGUUUAUAUUAUUUGAUUCUUUUUGACAAAAUUUCCCAAUAAUAUUUACGGAAAUAAUUGCACCGAUGUUAUUAUGCA